AGAUUGAUAAAUAUAUCUUUUUCUUUCCAAAUUUUAAUUAAUCAAUAGCAAAAAAUGGCCCCAAAAGCUGAAAAGAAACCUGCCUCCAAAGCCCCAGCUGAAAAGAAGCCAGCUGCCAAGAAGACUGCUUCCACUGAUGCUAAGAAGAGAACCAAGACCAGAAAGGAAACUUACUCUUCUUACAUUUACAAGGUUUUGAAGCAAACUCACCCAGAUACCGGUAUUUCUCAAAAGGCCAUGUCUAUCAUGAACUCUUUUGUCAACGAUAUCUUUGAAAGAAUUGCUGGUGAAGCUUCUAAGUUGGCUGCUUACAACAAGAAGUCUACCAUCUCUGCCAGAGAAAUCCAAACUGCCGUUAGAUUAAUCUUACCCGGUGAAUUGGCUAAGCACGCUGUUUCUGAAGGUACCAGAGCCGUUACUAAAUACUCUUCUGCUUCCAACUAAUUUUAGUAAAGUCGUGAGUUAUUAUGUAUAUUAGGUUAUUUUAAUGAAUGUUAUUAUAUGAGCUUUUAGUUGCCACUAGUGGGUUCUAUUUGAUGUCCCGGUGGAUCCACUCGUUGUCAACAACUAUUAAUAAAAUGCACAUGUAGUUAAAAAGCUGAUAUAACCAGAACGUGUUUAUGCUUCCGUAGAAGAAACAAUAACUCAUAAAGUAUGCCAAGUACACAAUAAUCACAUUGGUGUAUUUAAGCCGGAUAAUGUUUUUGUAGUUGACCAAAUAGAUGAUGGGAACAAUCGAAAGAAUAUUAUGAUGAGAGCUGAACAGUGUUUUCCAAUUAACAGUUAGAUUGUGUACAAGCACCACAAUAAUCGGUACGUUGAUGGGAAGGAUCCAGAUCAUCAUCAUGAACAUUAUCACAUUAUAGUUAAUUUCAUUAUUAUUUUUCAACCCGAGAGUCUUGAGUAGUUGUGUCACUGUAAGUACCACAUAUAUCACUUGGUAGGGCAAGUAGACGAUUGUGAGGAGAACCAUCAAAGCAAGCACAAUAUUUUUCACCUUUAGGUUCGGCUUGGGCAACUUGAUUAGUCCUCCCAGUUUAAGGAAACUGGUAACAAGAAGGUUUAUUAACACAUUAAUGCAGACACUCAAAGUCAAAAACAUGAGGUGCAAGAAGAAGGAGCCAGAAACGCCCAACCCGUUGACCUCAGUGACCUCGAGAUGAACAAAUGCAAUAAUUUUCCUUACAAUACUCAGUACGUCCGCUGACCUGAUUAGCACCAGUAAAAUACAUACUAGGUCACGGAGACACUCCAGAGUCAACAACUUGUCAAGGGUCUUUUGAUAGGUGGGAAACUUGUUUGUCUUUUCAUACUCCUUGAGCUGGAAUGCAAACACAAGCAAGUUUACGAUCAACCCAUAGCUCAAAAUGGUGAUUCUGUAUCUGAUGAUAAGCAACUUGAGUCUCACGAGAAAAUUGGGUUUGAUGUGUACAGUAAGAGGGGUUUGGUCCCCGACAUGUCCAGUCCAGACC